GACAGGCCGGCGCUGCGGGCGGGGACCCCGGGCGGCGGCAGGGGCGGGCUCUGCGCGCUGCCCCUUAUAGGCGGCCGGCGGCGGCGAGCGGGGCAGCGCGAGCGCGGGCCAUGGACUACCCGGGCGGGGACAGCGACCCCUACUACUACUACGGGGACGGGGACGGGGACGGCAACGAGACGGGCGCGGGCGGGCCGUGCGAGUGGCAGCCGGACUGGGAGGUGUCCUUCUCGCUGCUGCCCGUGCUCUACAUGCUGGUCUUCGUGCUGGGGCUGUCGGGCAACGGGCUGGUGAUCUUCACCGUGUGGCGGGGCCCCCGCGCCAAGCGCCGCCCGGCCGACACCUACAUCGGCAACCUGGCGCUGGCCGACCUGGCCUUCGUGGUGACGCUGCCGCUGUGGGCCGCCUACACGGCGCUGCGCUUCCACUGGCCCUUCGGCUCGGCGCUCUGCAAGCUCAGCAGCUACCUGGUGCUGCUCAACAUGUUCGCCUCGGCCUUCUGCCUGGGCGGCCUCAGCUUCGACCGCUACCUGGCCAUCGUGCACUCGCUGCCGCGCGCCCGGCCCGGCCGCCCCCGCGCCGCCGCGCUGCUGCCGCUGGCCGCGCUGUGGGUGCUGGCCGGGCUGCUGGCGCUGCCCGCGCUGCUGCUGCGCGACACGCAGGUGGCCGAGCCCGACAACCUCACCGUGUGCGACAUGGACUUCAGCGCCGUGGCCAGCCCGCGCCACGAGCGCUACUGGGCGGGCGCGCUGAGCCUGGGCACCACGGCGCUGGGCUUCCUGCUGCCGCUGCUGCUCAUGACGCUGUGCUACUGCUGCAUCGGCGCCGCCGUCAGCCGCCACUUCCGCCAGCUGCGCAAGGAGGGCGAGAAGCGGCGGCGGCUGCUGCGCAUCAUCGUCACGCUGGUGGCCGUGUUCGCGCUGUGCUGGCUGCCCUUCCACCUGCUCAAGAGCCUCUACGUGCUGAGCGGCCUCCGCCUGCUGCCGCUGCCCUGCGCGCUGCUCGCGCUCAUCGCGCGCCUGCAUCCCUACGCCACGUGCCUGGCCUAUGUCAACAGCUGCCUCAACCCGCUGCUCUACGCCUUCUUCGACCUGCGCUUCCGCGCGCGCUGCCGGGGGCUGCUGCCCGCCCGCCCCGGCGCCCGCGCGCGCCCCGGGCCCGGCCCCCGCCCCGGCGCCGGCUCCGGCUCCUCCACGCUCAGCGGGCAGACGCAGAAGUCCGAGCUGCACUCCCUGGCCACCAAGGUGUAGGCGGCGCCCGCGCCCGCGCUCUGACUGCCGGCGGCGCGGGGAGCGGGGGCGCAGGGCAGGCCCCGCCGCUGCUCUCGUGGCCGCCCGGGCUGGCCGGCCGGGGGCGCUCUGCGCGCACCGCCGUGCCCCGUGCUGCUGCCCAGGGGAGGGGCGCCGCUCCCGGGCCGGCCCGGCCCCGCGCCCCCAAUAAAAUGGUUUU